AUGUCCACCUUAGAUUCCGGUGACAACCACCACAACAGGCAAUCGGAGUCGGCCUUUGGGUUGCUUGAAGGGAAGGUGACCAAGAAUGAUCCCCCAGAAACCAAAUUAGCAUGGUUGCGCUCUCAGGUGAUCGGAGGCAAUGUGGAAUUCAACACUCCCUUUGGGAAAAGACUCCUCAUCUAUGCCGAUCAUACUGCCGCCGGCAGAGGCCUUCACUAUAUUGAAGACUUCAUUGUCAAUAAGGUUCUUCCUUUCUAUGGAAACACACAUACAAGUGACAGCUUCGUUGGGCACAAGACUACCAGAAUGGUGAAGGAGGCCACAAGGUAUGUCAAGACUUGCUUGGGCGCAGGACCAGAAGAUGCACUCAUAUUCUGUGGCUAUGACACCACUGCAGCGAUCAAGCGCCUUCAAGAGGUGAUUGGUAUAUUAGUGCCUUCAACCAUAAGAGAUAGGGUACUUCAAAGCUUAAGGAAUGAGGAGAGAUGGGUGGUCUUUGUGGGUCCUUAUGAACAGCAUUCCAACCUCCUCUCAUGGCGCAAUAGCUUAGCUGAGGUGAUAGAGAUCGGUCUAGAUGAGGAUGGAUUGGUAGACAUGCGAGCUCUGAGGCAAAAACUUGAGACUUACAAGGAUUCCAAUCGUCCUAUGUUGGGUUCAUUCUCAGCUUGUAGCAAUGUUACUGGAAUCUACUCUGACACCCGUUCCAUUGCUUGGCUUCUUCACCAACAUGGAGCUUUUGCUUGCUUCGGUUUUGCUACGAGUGGUCCUUAUGUGGAGAUUGACAUGCGAUCAGGAGAGCUGGAGGGCUAUGAUGCAAUUUUUCUGAGCCCACAUAAGUUUCUUGGUGGGCCUGAAACCCCUGGCAUCCUUCUAAUGCACAAGGCCUUGUACCAGUUAAGAUCUUCUGCCCCUUCCACUUGUGGUGGUGGAACUGUUAAUUUUGUCAAUGGCUUCAGUGAAGAGCAUACUUUGUAUUGCCAAGAUGUGGAAGAGAGGGAAGAUGCAGGAACCCCACCAAUCAUCCAGAAGAUAAGAGCAUCACUUGCUUUUUGGGUGAAGGACUUGAUUGGCUACAAUGUGAUAGAAAACCAGAAUCAUGUUUACAUAAGUGAAGCCCUUGCAAGACUCCUUCCCAAUCCAAACAUAAAUGUGUUAGGGGAUACAUGUGUACCAAGACAAGCUAUCCUCUCUUUUAUGAUUUUCUCUAGGACUACUUCUUCCUCUUUCAAUAUGAAAACUGAAAAUGGAACUCAUGGUGAAGAUAGAAGAGGUAAGCCUCUUCAUGGGCCUUUUGUGGUAAAGCUCCUCAAUGACCUCUUUGGCAUCCAAGCUAGUGCUGGGUGGGCUUGUGCAGCACCAUAUGGUCACCAAUUACUUGGAAUUGAUGAGACACAGUCACUAGCUUUUCGGUCUGCUAUCCAAAAGGGCUACACUGGUGUAAAACCAGGAUGGACAAGACUAACCUUCCCUUACUACAUGUCAAAAGAAGAGUUGGAGUUCAUUCUAGCUUCAUUGGAAUUCAUUGCAACAUAUGGUCAAAGGUUCCUUCCACUGUACAGCUUCAAUUGGAAGACUGGUAACUGGACCUUUCAAUCCAGUGCUUUCAUGAAGAACAUACUUGGAGAAGAUUACACACUUGAUUCAAGAAAAUUUUCAUUAAAUGAAGAAGCUAAUAAGCCUAGCAGAUAUGCCUAUUACUUAGAGACUGCCAAAUAUGUGGCAAGUUUCCUUCCCAGUUUCCCUCCCCAGCGGAGGGUUCCAAAAGACAUAGAUCCCAGCCUUGUGCAUUUUAGGGUUUAGAUUUAGUUCUCUUUCCCA